CCUCAAACAACCAAUUCCACCACUUCCUUUAGCUUACUAGUCUCUUGUGUCUUCUCAGGUGUUUAGAGACUUAUAUAUAGAAAGAUGAGCUGGACUGGAGGAGACUGGCUAUGUGGGGCGUGUCAGCACGCAAACUUCAAAAAAAGAGAAGCAUGCCAGAAAUGUGGAUACCCCAAGUUUGGAGGGGUAGAUGUGUCAACGUACUUGUACAACAGGACUGAGGUUUUGGCUGGUGAUUGGUAUUGUGGUGCAUUGAAUUGUGGGAGUCACAAUUACGCAAGCCGCACAAGUUGCUAUCGAUGUGGAAUGAUCAAAGUCGAGUAUACAGAUCAGUACUACGGAGCUCAAAUGGUUGCUUACGGGAAUGAUGCCGGGGCUUGUCCUCCCGGCUGGAAAACUGGCGAUUGGGUUUGUCCAAGGGUCGGUUGUGGGGUUCAUAACUACGCUAGCAGGGUUGAAUGCUUCAAAUGCAAGACAACAAGAGAUUACGGUGGCGUCUAGAUGGAAGACAAAGAAGAAUCACCAUUUUAAUUGUAACUGUAAUUGUCACGUAUUUUCAACAAGUGUUACCAGUUUCUAACAUGCAAGAGGCCUUCUUACGUUGACUGAUAAUUCUUCAAUUUUGUGCAAAUCAAAAGAUAGUAACAAUUUUAUUCGAUUAGUAUUCUUAGCACAAUAUAAGACUAGAUACUUGAGUUAAGGCUACCCUAAUAAGUGCAAAUAUAUAUAUACAAAUAAAAACAAUGGAUUAUUGAAGAGCU